GGGACUAGUUCAUAAAAACAAAAUUCUGAAACCCUAUUCUUUCACUUGCUCGAUUGUUCAUUGCUCACGCACGGCUUCACCACUUCCUUCACGCACGGCUUCACCUCUGCUCACCAUUGUUCAAUUGCUCCUUCCACCAAACCACCAAGCAGAAGCAGCUCACACAUACGACCUGUCGUCGGGACAUACAGAUUCGACCUCUGAAUCUGAUGAUGGAUUCCACUCUCUGAUGCUUUGCGUUUUUUUAAGCUAUGAUCCUCAUGAAAGAUUUUUCAUACACUUGGAUGCAACAUUCAUAGCCCAGUGGCAUUUUUUAGCAAGGAAUUGCCAGCUAGUUGCGACGUGUUAUAAGAACUCGUAGGCUGUGAUUGGAAUGAAGGAAUUGGGUUUGAGUCUUAAAAUGAAGCUAUUCGUGUUCUCAUUUUCCCGCCACAAAUGUUGAUGUUCCCGCCAUCUCACACCUCAUACAGAAGCCGCUCGCCGCUGCUUAAAUCCGCCGUCCGUCGCCGUUGGCCGUGUCAUCUGCAACAGUAUCUGUGCAUCCUAGAUCAUCACUCACUUCUCUCUUCAAUUCAACUACUUCAAGUUUGGAAUUCCAGUUGAUGCCCAAAAUGAUUACUGAUCAAGAACUUGACUUCAAUCCCAAUUAUCUCAAACUAUAUUACGGAAAGUUGUUUCCUUUCACUGAUAUAUUUAGAUGGAUGUCUUAUGGCAAUGAUGGGAAGCACCCUGGUUGUGAUUCAUCCUACUUUGGCCGAAGAGAGUUUUCAUUCACUCUGGAAAAUGAUAUUUAUCUGCGGUUCCAAUCUUUCAACAAUGCCCUUGAGCUCGAAAACUCCAUCAAAGAAAAGUCCCCAUUUAAGAUAGACAUUGGACCUGUCUACACUGUCGAUCCUGCAAAAAGGCAUGCCUAUGCACAGGGUGAUAAUAAAGUUUUCGCACCUGUUGAGAGAGAGUUGAUUUUUGAUAUAGAUAUGUCAGAUUAUGAUGAUGUUAGAUACUGCUGCUCUGGUGCGGAUGUUUGCUUGAACUGCUGGCCGUUGAUGACUAUAGCUAUCAAAGUGAUUGAUACGGCCUUGAGAGAUGACUUUGGUUUCAAGCACAUUCUCUGGGUCUAUAGUGGACGAAGAGGUGUUCAUUGCUGGGUUUGUGAUCGGAAGGCAAGAAGGUUGACUAAUGAGCAAAGAGCUGCUAUUGCUGACUAUUUUCGUGUCUACAAGGGCAAUGAAAAUACUCAUAAGAAGAUUUCUUUGACUGGCGCUGCUCUUCAUCCUUUCUUGGCAACAUCAUACACUAGCGUUCUCAAACAUUUCUUUGAGAAAAAUCUACUGACAAGUCAAAAUUUACUUGCUACUGAGGAGAGAUAUGAGAAGAUCCUUGACAUGAUUCCAGAUGAAUCUAUUGCUUCUGAACUUAGGGGAAAAUGGCAAGACAGUAGACGGUCCUCUAGUACAAAAGAAGACAUUAAUGUUGUGCGAUGGGAACAGUGCAAACAAUUGCUGCAAUCUGGAAAAAAUAAGCCACAAGGACUACGAAGGUGCGUUGAAGAGAUUGUGUUCUGCUAUACUUACCCCAGGCUAGAUAUGGAGGUUUCAAAACAUAUGAAUCAUUUGCUUAAAGCACCAUUCUGUGUACAUCCAAAAACAGGCCGUGUCUGUGUCCCUAUCGAUCCAAAUCGGUGUGAGGAGUUUGAUCCUACUACAGUUCCCACUCUUUCGCAGCUGCUAGAAGAGCUUAAUAAUGAAGGCUCGAAAGCUGAUGUUGAUGGUGAAGGGAAGGGAACUUCGCUUGGAAAUGACAUAACGUUCUUCAGAUCAUCAUUCUUACAGCCUUUACUUAAAGCUUGCAAGGAGGAGAUAGAAAGUUCCUAUAACUUAAAAUUGCAGCAGUCAAAGAAUUCCCUCGGUUGGUAGUGCCCCAUCACAUAUUCAUUGUUCAUGUAAGGAGCUUUUGGAAACAAUGGGGCCACUCCAGUUCAUACGAUCAAAGGAUGACAUGUUCAUGGUAUUUUAGAAUUACUAAGGCCUUUCCCAACAACUACAACCUCUCUAUUAACAUUUCAUUAGAGAAAGCAGUUGAUUUUUAAUCUGGGUUGCAUCUUUUGCAUAAAUUUUGGAAGAAAAAGCUUAGGCGAUUUGAGUUAUCUUAUGAUGUUUAUGCCAUGCGUGUAGCAGUGAUUCUUAUGAAGUGGUUUGUAAAGGAUUGCUAGUUUAUUCUUA